CAAACACACACCAAAAAAAAAAAGUGCGCGUGUUUGCGCGUCAGCUCCGCGUCUAGUCCUUGGCGCACCCAACCCUUCUUCAGCAUCUUCACCCUAUUUGAUCUCGGUCGGCGCAAGAAUAUCGACGGUUUGAUCAUGUCGUCGUCGUAUCGCAUUGAGCUCUCGCCCAACAACCGGGCGGGAUGCCAGGAUACUGUCUGCAAGAAGUCCGGGGACAAGAUCAAAAAGGGCGAGCUCAGGUUUGGCACCUGGGUCACUGUUGCCAACACUGAUCAUGCCAGCUGGAAGUACAAGCAUUGGGGCUGCGUCUCUGGCUAUCAGAUUGAGCACGUCCGGGAGUCGAUUGAUCAGGACGGAUCGUAUAACUGGGAGCUGAUUGAUGGCUACGACGAGCUGAAUGAUCACCCUGACAUCCAAGCCAAGAUCCGCCGCGUCGUCGAGCAGGGCCAUAUCGACCCUGAGGACUUCAAUGGCGAUCCCGAGUUCAACGUGCUUGGAUCUCGCGGCAUCCGUGGCCGCAAGAAGGUUCAGAAGCUCAAGGAGGCCGUCGAGGACGAGGAGGCCGAUGAGGACGAGGAGGCUGCCCCUGCGAAGAAAGCACCUGCCAAGCGGGGUCGCAAGAAGGCUGCGGUUGCUGUUGAGGACGACGAGGAGGAGUCCAAGCCGGCCAAGAAGCAGGCUCGUGGUUCUCGCAAGUCCAACGUCUCGGCUGCGGCCGAAGAUGACGAAGAGGAUGCCAAGCCAGCCAAAAAGAAGGCCACUGCCUCUCGCAAGUCUAACGCUUCGGCUGCUGCUGCUUCCACUGACGACGACGAGGUUGCCAAGCCUGUCAAGAAGCAGGCUCGCGGCCCUCGCAAGUCCAAAGCCUCGGCCGCUGCCAAGGACACGGACGAGGAGGAGGCCGCGCCCGCCGCUGAGGCCAAGACCUCGAAGAGGAAGCGAGGUGCUGCGGCCAAGAAGGAGCCCGAGAGUGAGGCUGAGCAGGAGGAGGAGGAGAAGCCGGCUCCGGCAGCCAAGCGCCCGCGUGGCCGACCCAAGAAGUCGGAGGCUGCUGCCAAACCGGCCGAGGUCGAGGCCGAUGAGCCCGAGCCGGCCCCGAAGCGUGGCCGCAAGGCCAAAGCCACUGCCGUCGCUCCGGAGCCCAAGUCGGACGAGGCCGAGGAAUCCGAGCCCAAGGUGGAAGCCCCCAAGCGCGGACGCAAGGCCAAGGCUGCUGCUGCCCCCGCCGCCGCCGCCCCCAAGCGUGCCGGCCGUCCCAGGAAGAGCACUUGAGUCCCGAGACCCUUGCCUGCCGCACUAGGCUCAGGAUAUCUGGACACUGCCUUCCUCCAAGGCCAGCCUCCAAGGCCAGCUUCCUAGAUGACUCACAUCCCGCUCAGGGAGGAUGGGCUCAUGCGGUCCGAUACGGAAAGGAUGCUGGUCAAGGAAUCUGUCUCGUGCACUAUUUUUUUUGUUCGCCUCGCUGUGUUAUUGACUUGGACCAAUUCGAGCAUGUUCUGUUUGAUUUUAUUGCUUCUGAGACGAUACGUGACUGUUGAGGCGUCUAUAACCCGAAAGAAUGAUGGCUUUUUGUUGUUGUUUUCAUGAGACUUGUCACGUAUUUACAUCAGUUUUGCCCGUUUCCCAUGGCUGACAGUGGUAUUUCGAUGAGAGGUGGUGGCGGUCAGAAGGUACUGCUCUGUAUCGGUGACAGCGAACAGCGGAAGGGUGACCUUCACCUGCUGUUCUAGUUCCAUGCAAUUGUUGACCAUGCUCUCACGAUUGUCCUUUUCGAGACACUCCUCGUUGCCUAGGUGCUUCCUCGGUGCUUUCUGGGCAGCAACCUUAGCCUCCUGAACUGAACACGAUGGUCACGUGAAACCUCGAGCCCCUUUGCUAGCAGCAUGCAACUCUCUUAAGCAUAUCCUCUCAUGCAGGCCGA